CUCGCCGUGUGAAUGAAUUCUAGUGUUGCGUCACUCGAAGAGAAACCAAAGAAUGAAAUGAAAGUGAAAGUUAAAUGUUUUCGUCACCAUACAAACGAUAAGAUUUGUUUCAUUAGAUGUGUUUAUUUGCCGACAGGUGGAACAUCUACACAGGUGCCAUCAAAUAAUCUUCACCUAUACUGGUAACUACUUGUGGGCUGUAAUUAUUGGAUGGGAUUGGAAAUGUCUAGGUAUAGUAUGGACAGAAGAGUCUUAGGCAUUAGGGGGCUUUUAAACUUUGGACUGUCUUGCUGUGUAAAUGCUGUUCUUCAGUCAUUCUCAGCCACUACAGAAUUGCUUGAGUUGUUGAAGAGAUGGCAGCCUUCUGGUAGGCUUGAAGAAAAACUCAAUGUUCCCCUGCAGCUUAAGAAGGCGCUGUGUGCCAUGAGAGAACAGCUAGAGCCUGCUCCUCAUCGACGCUUCCUUGAUUGCCUUCACCAUUACCAAAUUUGCUGGUACACUGCGCAUGAUGCUGACGAAGUGUUCCACUCUAUUCUCAACCUCAUUGAGAAGCAGAUGUCUGACCAAGACCUGGCUACAGAGAUCAAAAAUCUUUUCAAGAUCAAAGUGGAGGGUCACAUUCUGUGUUCAGAGUGCACAUACACACAUCAUGUCCCCACCUACUUUUUGAGCCUUCCGCUGCAUGUCCGUGAGGAUACGAACACCUUAGAAGACUGCAUUCGCUCUUUCUUUGAGUGCCAGAAAUUAGAAGACGGUGAAUUGUUCUACUGUGAGAGGUGUGGUGAAAAGACACAAUCAUCUCAGAUGUUUAAGCUUGUUUCACUGCCAUCCAUCCUGUGUAUACAUCUGAAGAGAUUCAGAAAUUCUGAAGGCUAUACCAGAAAGCUUUACUGUGAAGUCAGCUUCCCAAAAAUCAUCAACAUAGCUGAAGUGUUGCAUAAAGAACAUCCAGAAAUGCCUGAGAAUAGGUACAGUCUGUAUGCAGUCAUAGUUCAUUCUGGGAAAGCAAUGUUCGGGCACUACACAGCAUAUGUCUGUUCCUUGGACGGGAAAUGGUAUUACACGAAUGACAGCUGCGUGCGUGAAGCCAGCUGGGAGGAAGUUCAACAAACAUACAGAGGCCAUUUGGGAUCUUAUACUGCAUAUAUGCUUCUGUACAGGAGAGCCAGUUCAGAUAUAGUACAGACCUCCUCAGAAUGAAGCUCGAGUCCCUGUAAAAUCUCCCUUCUUUCGUCAGGCUAAGGAGAAAAAAAAGACUAAUUAUUGAAACAAUUCAUUUUAUUUGCAUAUAGUUUCUAUGUGAUGAAAUUUUGUUUCACGCUGGUAAUUGUUAACUAUUGUUGUCAGAAAAGGCCAAGAUGAAUCAGACAGUUCAAAUAUUUAUUUUCAAGAUCAUUUUGUUAAUUAAUUGUCAUUUUUUAAUGUUGACUUUUCCACCCACAAGGUGUCACUGGUCAUGCAGUGAUUGUAAGCCCUGGUUAACAAAAGAUUUUGUAUAUUUUUGCAAACUAAAUCCAAAAUAUUUUUCAGAAUUUCUGUAGUUUGUUUGGUCCAGAUUACAUAUUAUAUAUAGUAUGGAAAAGUGGUACCAUGGAAAGUGGAGACUCUCUAUGUAGGCAGACUGCUGGACACUGGUGAGGGAUGUUCCUAAGACCAAAUAUAAUUUACAAGUAUAUUUGUACAUAUUUACAUGUAAUACAGUGAUUGCUUCCUGUCUGAGUUUCUGAAUUUCAAACUAUAUUUAGUCUGAUUUAAUAGUGGGUUGUAGUAGUUUAAAGAAAAUUGUAGUUUAAAGAAAACUUCAAAGGUUUAGUGAAUCUUUCAUGUCUUUGGUGACGGCUUAAUUAGGAUUAGUCAUCAAUAACCAUUGUGAGUACUUCAGUUAAUGACCAUUCAUGAUUUAUGCUGUCCAAGUCCAAUCAAAAUCUUACUUCAGGCCUUUAUAUUAGAGUGAACUUUGCAGCGCACAGGUUGUUAAACUAAGCACAUCAUUGCCAGAAAAAAGAGAGUUUCCUGAAGACCUCAGAAAAAGGUUGUGGAUAUCUAUCAGAUUGCAGAUGGUUACAAAGCCAUUUCUAAGACUUGAGAGCUCCACUGAACUACAAUUAAUGCCAAACUGUCCAAAUGGAGUAAGUUUGGAACAGUAGUCAAUCUACCAAGGAGUGGAUGCACUCCUAAAAUAUUUCCAAGAGCAGUACGUAAAAUUAUACAGGAAGUAACAAAGAACCAGGAAUAACAUCUAAAGAAUUGCAGGCCUCUCGUUUCCACUAUGGUCAGUGUUCAUGACUCAACCAUCCCAAAAACAUUGGGCAAGAAUGGAAUCCCUGGCAGAAUAGCAUGGUGUAAACCAUUGGCAAUCAACAGGAAUAUCCAUUCUCAUCUUGAGUUCGCCAGAAAGCAUCUAGAUGAUCCUCCUGUGUUCUGGAACAAUUUGUUAUGGAUGAAUGACCUAAAAGUGGAACCUUUUGGCCAACGUGGGCCCCAUUAUAGCUGGAGAAAACCAAAUGCUGCUUUUCAAAGUAAGAACUUCAUAGUAAAUGAAGUAUGGUGGUUGUAGUGUGAUGGAUGCCUUGCUAUCAUUGAGGGAACUAUGAAGUCUGCUCUGUAUUAGAAAAUUAAAGAGAAUGUCAGGUCAUCUGUCCAUGACUUGAAGAGCAGUUGGGUUAUGCAACAUGACCAAAACCGAGAAGGAUGUCUACUUCACAAUGGCUAAAAAAAUUACUUUUGGAAUGGCCUAGUCAAAGUUACGACCUAAACCCUAUUGAAAUGUGUCAGCACGUGAAAUGUACAGCUCAUUGCUACUAAGUGGGGGUAUAACCAGCUAUUGAAAUGUACUUUCUCACACAGAGGGAUUGGGUGGUAAAUAUCUUUUCUUAAUAAAUAUAUAAUGCCUAUAA